AUGUCUUUGCGUGAAACAAUGUCGUUCCGCGAAUCAGAUAAUGAUAGUGAAGAUGUUGGCAGCGAUGCAGCGCACGAAGAGGAGGAAUUAUCAUUUAGCGAGAGUGCAAUUUUUUCCAAGGCAAAACUCAGCAAAGAUUCUACCGUGCCGACGGAUAUUGUUGAAUUUAUACAUUCUUUCUCCUUCGAUUGCAAGAAAAGUCACAAUUUGGUUGUGAUGGAAAGUGACGUCAUUGUCUUCGCUUCGGGAAAUUUGUUGCAUUUUUUCAACACAACCACAAGCACGAGUACAACGAGACGUUCCGCACUCGGCGGAGGCUUUGGCGCAAUUAAAAAGAAUCCCGUCGAGCCUCUUUUAACAGUUGCGGAAAAUGGGAAAAAUCCCCCGAUUUUUAUUUAUUCCUAUCCGAGCAUGGAAGUUGUCGCUAUUUUGAGAAAAGGCACGACAAAAACGUAUUCUUGUCUCGAUUACAGUCCAGAUGGGAAGUUGCUCGUGUCGCAAGGCGGCGAUCCGGAUUAUACAUUGACAAUUUGGGAUUGGAAGGAGUCUCAUGUGGUUUUGAAUGUCAAAUCUUAUCAUAAUACGGUGUUUACAGUGGCAUUUUCGCUCUCAGUUCCGGGUCAGAUGACAACUUGCGGCGUUGGUCAUAUAAAAUUUUGGAAAAUGGCGCAUACUUUCACGGGAUUGAAGUUGCAAGGAGAUACGGGACGUUUUGGAAAGACUGAAAUUUCAGAUAUUACAGGAGUUUUCCCGAUGCCCGACGAAAAAGUAUUAGCUGGCGCUGAAUGGGGAAACAUUCUCGUAUGGGAACACGGCUUAAUAACGCUCGAAGUGUGUCGCAAAGGACGUCGUCGUUGUCACAGCGGAAAUAUAACGAAAAUUUUCGCACGCGAAGGCGAAAUUGUCACAAUCGGCACUGAUGGUUACAUCCGCAUCUGGUUUUGGGAGACUGUCGAUCUCGCAGAUCCCCCCGAAAACAAUCGUUUUGUCGAAAUUGAACCGAUUUACGAAUAUUUCAUCGGCGACGCGAACUACACAAGCGAACUUCUUGCCAUGGAACGCAUCGAAGGACAAAAAUAUCACUUGCAAGAUGGCAACGGCGGGAUUUGGCAAUAUGACAUUAGUCCCGAUCGGAAAGAUGAACCGCCGAAACAGCUGAUGUUUUGUCAUUCGGGACCCAUUUUUACGAUUGCAACGAGCCCAACUUCCGAACAUUUGGUGACUUUCGGCAGAGAUGGGAGACUUUUCAUGUACAAUUAUGCAACGAAGAAAUUAAUUUUCAAGCAUCAGUUCAUCUCGCAGGGCAACGACGUCAUUUGGUUGCCUGUGACAAUCGAUCCGACCGGAAUUGUGCUCGUUUUGGCAUUCGAUGAUGGCGUUAUUCGUGUCAUUACGGUCGAUUUGACGGAAGACGAGGCAAUUGAAGAACCUGUGCAACUGAUUCAAGUGCUAAAAUCGCAUUCAGAACCGAUUCGUAAACUUUCCAUCAAUGAAAAUCAAACAAUUUUAGUGUCGGGCGGUGAUGAUAACUUAAUUUUCAUUCAUGAAAUAUCCCGUGAGAAGCCUUUUGUCGUCUUGAAACCCAUAGGACUCGUUGAAACUCCCUCCGCUGUCAGUUGCAUCAACUGGAAACCCGAUAUGGAUGCCACGAUUUUAGUUGGAUGCAAAGAAGGCGAAGUUCUUGAAGCAGAAUUGCCUGAAGAACCGAAAUCUUAUACGGAUAUUUCGUAUCGUUUGACAUCCGUUGAGACGAGAGUCUUGAAAUUCGUUUCAACCAAAGGUCAGAUGAGGCGAGAAAUACUUUUGAAACAAAUUGAGGAGAAAUUGCGAAAAAGGAGGAAAAAACAGAAGAAAUUGGAUCAAAUUUUGAAGAGAAAUCCGGGAGCGCAGAUAAAUGAGGAAGCUUACCUUGAGGAUUCUGAUCCGGAAGAGGAGUUGGGACCUGUUCAUGUUCCAAAAACGCCAAAUCCAGUGUUAUGGGCGCAAUAUACUUCGAAUGGGACAAUUUGGUUGUCGAUGGGAGGUUAUGAUGCGGGAUACAUUUACGAAUAUGAUUUUGAUACAGAAGGUCCUGUUACGUGUACGGUAAUUCCUAUGGCGGAAGAUACGGAAAUUAAUUGUUAUAUUUAUUUCGACUCAUACCUAAUCCUCGGCAUGGGCGACGGUUCCUUACGCAUCAACCGCUUAAAAGAAGAUUUCACGGAUUUAAGCGACUUUUGGAUCCUAAAUAUGCACGAACAGCACAUCUUGGCAAUGAAUUUCUCGUACGACAAGAAAAUCCUUUUCACAGGCGGUGCAGAUGGAAAUCUUUUUUCAUACAAAUGGAAUUCUGACACUCCUUCAAUUGUUCCUCCCGAACGAAUUCCCGCCGAAAAACUCGAAAAAUCUGUCGAAGACAUCACUGACAUUUGCUUUUUGAGUCUCGAGGAGGACAAACAGAAAGCAGAUCACGAUCGACGAAUGGAAAUCGCCUUGAAUCGAAGAAAAGACGUCCUGAAAGUAAUCGCAAGCUGCAAAGAAGAAUUUGAGAAUUUAAUGAAACGGAAUAAAGCACUUCCAGAAUCGCAACAAUUACCGUAUGACGUGUUUGAAUUGGAUCCGAGGAUAACGGCGAAUUUGCAGAAGCGUUUUGAUGAGGAAAUGGAUUUGGUGAAGCGGAAGAAGGAGUUUGACGUUGAAAAAGCACGACUUGGGGGAGAAAAAUUAGUGAAAUAUUUUUUGGAGCCUUUGGAUAGUUUUCCAAUUAAGGUUUUGGGCAUCAGAAAAAAUGCUGCUGUCGAGUCAUUUCGCAUCCACAAAUUAAGUCAAGAGUAUUUUGACUCCGUACGAGAUUUGGAAGAACGAAUUUUAAAAGAUUUUGAACGAAAGCGAAUGGUAGUUUCCUCGGAAGAAAAAGUCGAAAUUGCGGAAGAACUUCAAGGCGAGCAACUCGAAUCUUUUCUCCAAGGCCUCACAGAAUCCGACAUCGAACUCCGUCUCGAGACCAAAUGUCGUCGUUUGCUCCGUAAAUACCGCGAUCGCAAAGCAAAAGAAGCAAUUCGCAAAAAAGAAUGGAAUGACAUUAACGCCAUCAAGCCAGAUCCGAACGUAAAUGAUCCCGAAGACGACGCAAAAAUUGCUGAAGCUGAAAGAACAAUUGGCGACUUCAAAUUGAAGCUUGAUCCGUGUUACGAUGCACCAGAAGAGAUCCGCGACACAACUCUGAAGAAAUUUAAGGAACUUUUGAAGGCACGAAAGGAAAUUUAUGACAUCCGACGAGCUUACAAUGAAAAAGUUUUCGCCUUGCGAGACGAAAAAUUGGAAGUUUUGAAUUUUGUGGAGGCGAAAAAGCAGGAAUUGAACGAGAUUCACAAAGAAUUGGACCCGAAAAUGCAAAAACAUGCGGAAAUUGUCGUGAAAAUCGAUCAAAAUUUGGAAUAUCCUGAACGAAAUUUCGACAUUCAAAUGUACUUGAAGCCCGAAUUGCGAGAACAGGAUUUAAUUUAUCAUCCAAAACCGCCGGAAACGGAUUUUAAUUGCUUUUCGAAUGUACAAAGAGAGAUUUUGGGCAAGACUUCUUUGCAAGAUCCCCUCACUUUGACACGUGUCGAAGCAGAUCUCAUCCAAUUUCGCCUAAAAACUCGAUUGUACGAGCAAGACAGGAUUUUGCAUCAAAUUGAUCAACGCGUCAAAGCCUUUGAUGCCAAACUUCAAGACAUGUACGAAGAACGGUUGCAAGUAGAUGUCGAUGCGAAAUUCCUCGAGCAGUAUUUAUUGACUUUGAAUCAGGAAUUGUGGGUUUUGAAGGAUUUUGAGCAGCUCGAGGAGAAGUUAAUUGAUCGCAUGGAGCAAAUUAUUUUCGAACAAAAUCAAAUUCAUAUGCAAGUUAUUAAGGAGAAAAAUGAUAUUGACACGUACAAAGCGAAAAUUUCGGAAGUUGAGGAGCAACAAAAUGACGUUGAAGCGAGAUUUAUCGAAAAAUGUCGCAGUAAUCCUUAUUGGAAGUAUUUUAGGAAGAUUUUUUAUAAGAAAUAUCGACCGCCUCGUAUUCCCAUUGAACGGAAUUUGGAUGAAGAUGCUGUUUAUGAAACUGAUUCCGACGCAACUUUAAGCGAUUUAUACCAAAGUUCAGGCGAAGACGAGGACGAAAAUGAAAACGACGAAGAAAACAGCGAAAACCAAAAACCACUAAUUAAAAUUGAUUUCAGUUCGUUAGACGAGCACGAAUGUCCCGACGAUUGUAACAAGGAAUUGUAUCGUUUGGCACACGAUUCACGCGUUCAAUAUCACUACCUGCAAGGAUCUCUCAUCGAAAACGACGCAAAAAUCAUCAAAGCUAAUCAAGAAAUUGAGAAAUUCAUGGUUCGCCAAUUGGAGUUGAAAGACGAAUUGGUUAAAGUUCGUCAGGAUAUUCAAAUUUUUCGGCGAGAUAAGCAAAAAAUGUUAAACGACAUUGAAACUGUGGUUGUUCUAAAAAUGGAUCAAAUGCAAUUUUUUAAAGAUGCGAACGAAUUGGGAAAUAUUCAAGACACACUUUUGUUCAGUAAUGCGAAUGUUACGAAAUUGUACGCGCGAAUUGGAGAGUUGGCUUUGGAGACGUUGGAAGUUAAAAGGAAACAUCGCGUGAAUGUUGUGCACUUGAGUCGCAUGAAAGCUGACAUUAAAUUUAUGGAGCAGCGAAUUUUGGAGCUAAAAGAGGAAAUUAAUUCAGCGAUGAUGAAGAAAUUUGGGAGAAUUAUUGAUUUGGAUGAAUUGGAAGAGGCGAUUUUGAGAAGAUUUGUGUUUGAAAUGAGCACCAAUAAGGAAGAUGUGAAGCAAGAAUAUUCUCGAAAAAUUGCAGAAGUUAAGAAAGUUCUUGCAUCAAAAGAAGAAGAGCUCACAAAAGUCAUCCAAGAAGGCACAGAAAAGCUAAAUAUCCUCACAGUUCUUCAAGAAGAGAAAAAUUACUUGAACCAUCUUCUCGUUCAACAACGAAAACAAGAAGAAAAAUCCAAAUCCAAGGAGCAUCACGACUACAAACGCGACGUUUUAAAGCUCCGCGCCAUCUCCAAACAUCAAAAAGAGCAAAUUGAACUUUUGCAGAAGGAAAUUCACGGUUUGAGUUACAAAUGUACCAAACCCUCUGCCUCUCAAAGCACAGAACAAGCAAAUUAUCAUUCGGUAGCAGCUCCCGCUCCAACAUUCCAUCAACGCAUCUUCGAAGAUUCGGUUUAUACGAACAUCGUCGAGUCCCGUGGCGACAGUUCAAAGGCAAGCACUCCAAAUAUGGAACUUUUUAAGGAAAUUUCGCGCGUUAUUAAACUUUUCUUGAUGAAAACUGUUCCCGCGAAAUUCGAAAGUCGCGUCGUUCAAACGUUAAUUUGCACUCUUUCGCGUUAUUUGACGAACAUUGCGGCAAAUUUCCCUCCGUCACACACGGAAAAACUCCUUCCCGACAUAAUUGAGAAUUUUCAACAAUUUUUCCCGGAAGAUGUGCUGAAGCAGAUCCGCAAGAAGGACAUUGCCGAGUUAAUUGAGAACAUUGUCGGAAAUUUCCCCGAUGAGUACGACAUGGAGCCGGCAGACGUUGUAAAGGAAAUUAUCGCAAAUGCCCUCGGCGACAUGACGAAAAACGAUCCGAAAUAUUCGCAGAAUUUGCUCACGGAAAUCUGCAAGCAGCUUAUUGUGACGUUGCGGUUGCACGAUGUGCGCGACGACGAACGCCUGAAACAAGUGGCGGAGGAAAUUCGUGGAAAGAAAUUCAAUGUGAGCUCGUUGAAUGUGCGGCAAAUGGUGCAAGAUGUGGCAAAAUACGCUGUCGAAAAUUAUUUGGACGAUUUCGAUCAGGAUUUCAUCAAAAAUCUCAUCGAUAAAAUUAUUUAUCAUGUGCAGCAAAAGUGA